UAUAACAAUUUUUUGAAACUUCACAUAUGAGCGACACGUCACCAGAGCGACACGUCACCAGACCUCACUAAAGUGACUUCUCUUUUAAUAUAUAGGAGGAUUAGUGGCAUUAUUUUUCCAUUAUAGACAAAAAAAAAAUUGUCAGUCAUUUUCUUUGAUAUAAAACACAGUAAUUCAGUAAACUUCUGAUGUUUAUGCAAGAUAACAUUUUUCAAAAGAUUACAAUAAAUAUUAUUGCAAUCGUACACACACAAAAAAUCAUGCCGGUCUAAAUAAUUGGGUUAGGUAGCAAUAUUCACUUAUUUUCUAUGAGGGAAAGUUCAAGAGAGUAAGAGAACCUCCCCACAGUAAGAAGAAUGAAUGAUACCUAAGCAAAUAGGAAUUAAGACUCCGAACUGAUUGGAAAAAAGACCUUACCAACCGAAAGUGCAUUAGGUGUAAGUUUGGUUUGAUUUAACAAAGUCAGUUAGUUCGAACUUCAAACCGAACCAAACACAUGUGUCCUCUUUUGAGCAGUAUGUUCAGCCUUAAUGUGCGUCCUUAUUUGCAAACAGCUUUUCGGUUUCAGCUUCAAAUCUCUUUUGUUUAAGACAAUGUUAUCGUUACAAAUACUAAAUGUUUUAAUGAAGGCAUAGAGAGUAAGAAGGUCGAGCAAAUCAUAAAUUUUGAAUCUGCUGAUUUUUUUUGCGUCAAAUAAUAAAUUACUAUACCAAAUUAUUUGUUUAUUUUAAAUAAAUUGCAAAAAAAAAAUAAAAAAAUUAUCCUUGGGUUUCCUUUUCUAGUUUAGAAAUUUGGAUUUUCUUCAUUCUAAUGAUUUUUAGUUGUUUUGGUAUUUAGUACAAAACUAGUAAUGGUAUGUUUAGGAAAAGCUUAAAAGUUAUGGUAUUUAAAUAGUUUCCCUUAAAUAUAUAAAACAUUUUCUGUAAAAGAGCAUCUCCAAAAAACUCUCUAUUAUAGAGUCUUGCAAACUUUAUAUUUGAAGUUUCAAGGUGUUUUUUUCAAAAAGAAAAAUUUCAAAUUUAAUUUCAAAAUUGUUUAUAAUUUACACUAUGCUCCUUAUAUUUAUCAUAAUUAAUAUAAAUCCAUAAGAAAUUUAUAGAUAACUAGUACAUAUAUAAAAUAUUAUAGUAAUAUUAAUUAAUAAAAUUAUAUACUAAAAUAUAAAAUUAUAAAUAGAAACAUAAAAUUAAAUAUUAAACUACAAGCAAUAUACCAUAUUAUUACAUAAAAUUAUUUUCCUAAUGCUCCAUUUUCGGUUACACAAAAAUUGUUUGGACAAUAUUUUAGAAGUCUGGAGAAAAUUUACUAGACUAUUAGUAUUGUUGUAAUAUUUAAAUUUGCGUAAUUAUUAUGUCUUCAUGUAUGUUCUUAAAAAAAUUUCUAUUAAGUUUCUUUUGUAAUAUCUUGUUGUCUAAUUCUAUUUUUAAAUAUUAUAAAUCUUAAAUUUUUAUUUUUUUUUAAAUUAUGUGUAAAAUUUAUAAAAAUAAUUUUGAAAUAUUUAAAAUAUACAAAAAAUUUAAAGAUUAAAAUUAUGAAAGAAAAUACUUUAGAAUCAUAAAUGUAAGGUAUAAUUAAUUAUAAGGACCAAGAUGCAAAUAAAAAGAUGAAACUUCAAAUUUAGAGGUUUGAGUAGUGAAACUUCAAAUUUAGAGUUUUGAGUAAUGAAGUUUUGAAGUUUUAAAGUUUUUUUUAAGGCAAAAAACUCUAUAUUUGAAGUUAUAAAGUUUCUUCUGGAGAUCCUCUAGCUACGUAUCAAAUCAAAAUUGUGUGUGCACUUUCGGCUUUCUUUUGAACUAAACUGACACGCUUAAUAUAAAAACAUUCUUGUGUUGUUAAUAUUUCUGGUGUGAUUUUGUAUUAUGCCUUUUUGGAAUUGCAUUUGAGUGGUCCCGUGCUUCAUAGGUUUUAUUGAGAACAAGUCAAAUGAUUUAGAUUUGAUAUAUGAUAUAAGUUUACUUACAUACAAAACGAGGGAAACUAAAUUUUAAAUUAUAUGUAAAAACAAAUACUUUCUCUCUAUUAAACUUUUUUCCAAACUUUUUCUUUAUCGAAAACUUUUCCAACGCUUUUUCAGUUUUUUUCGUUCUUGAAUCUGUCUUUUCUGAUAGCUGUGAGUUCUCCGCCAUGUUCUUUUUUCUUUUCUUAGAUGAAUCUUUCAUUUGUAGCAAGUAGUUGUUUUUUUAUGGAUUAGAUAACAAAUCUGGUGUCUUUGGCGGUUUUUCUUUUUUUUGGUGGUGUUUCAUCGCGGUCACUCUUGCAUGCUUGAAAUUGUUGAGGACUAAGUUCACCUUAUUUCUUCAAGUGUUACGUUGACUUUUUCUCCGCAUGAGUCCACUUAUUAUUAUUUUUUUUUUUUUGAUCAAAAGUCCACUUAUUUUCUGUCUAGUUACUCCAGUGAAGGGUGGAUGCAGUAAGCCGUACAACACCUAUACAACUUGCCUCUUAUAUAUAAUAUUAUCCUAUUGUCCCCACAUUCAACCGGUGAAACCUACUAUAAAAAACAAUUACAUAAAUAAUUAAUUAAUGUAAUAAGUAAAAUAUGUGGGCAUGUUGUAUUCACUCUCACCUUUCAAGAUAAUUAGAUAGUUUUGAGGAAAAUGAAUAUAUCUCAUCUUACAUUUGUAUGUACGACACCACCGUUUUUAAUUGCCGAGAAGUUUUGUGGUAAAGAAGAUAGAUUAGAAAUCAUGUGCUGUUAUGUUAUCAACUCCACCUCCGAUCACUCUGUCACCAUAUAUUCUUCUCCACUACCGUUGCAACCCGCCUUUUCCUCAUAUCCUCUCACCAUCGCCGCACUGAAAUCAACGUACUUCUGAAAUUACGUAAUUGCGAUUGAUGAGAAAUUGGGUGAAGAAGCGACAUUGACAUCAACGAAGACGAGAGAGAUGACAAAGUCGCGGAAGGCGACUAUGAAAUUGCAGAAUCAUGGUUGAUGAAGACGAGGAAGGAGAUACUUAUAUAUUGUGUACAUAUUUUUUUUGAGGUUACUAUACUAUUUAUGAUAAAGUCUACUCUUAUACACAUAUUUCUAUACUAUAUUUAUGAAAUAUAACAGUCUUUUAUGCUCUUUAAAUUCAACAUUUCUCUUAUUGACGCGUUCAUAUUAAUGUACUAUGUUAUUUAUAAUGAUAAUGUUACUAAUGUGAAACAAUUUGUAUUAUGUUUGUUCUAUUCAUGUUAUGUAAUGCAUAUAUUAAUUUAUCACUCUAUUUGACGAUUAAUAAAGAGUGUUAUGUUUUGUUCACCAAUAUUUUUUAUAUUAUGUAUUUUGUUCCAUUCUAUUUGAGUUUAGGGUUUAUAUUUGAGUUUAGGAUUUAGUGAUUAGAAUUUAGAGUUUAGUAUUUGAAAGGUGAGGGUUGAGUUUUGGGUUUAGUGAUAACAAUUUAGGGUUUAGUAUUUAAAAGUUGGGUCCGGGUCAGUCCUUCUAUACUAGUUAUAACGGUGCCAUACUAUGUCGUGUAGGUUGAGAAAAUUGAUUGCAUAUUAUAUAAAUUCUGUUUUGAGUUUAUAGUUCAGUUAUUUGGGUUUAAAUUUAGUAAUUAGAGGGUUUGUCUAGGGUUUAAUAUUUAAGUGGGUGGGUAGGGUUUAAUAUGUAUGUUCCAUACUAUGGUUGAUAAAUUUUGAAUAUAUUGUAAAACAGUUAUAGAUUAUAUUUGGUUUAUAGUUUAUUGAUUUGGGUAUAUAUUUACCAAUUAGGAGUUUGGGUGUAGUAUUUAGCGGUUGUAGGAUGGUUUAAUAUGUAAAAGUAAGAGGCUAGGUUGAGGUCCUGUACUACUUCACCAAUAUGGAAUAGAACACUCGUAACUUUUCAAACCAAGAAUGUGCAUUCAUGGUUGCUUCCAGGAUAACUUAGUAAUUAAGGGUUUGUCUUGGCACGUAGUAUACGUAAGCGGAUGUGCAAGGUUUAAUAUUUGCGGUCCAUACUAUCAAUGAUACAUUAAAAAUAAUAUAGGGAAACAUUUAUAAAUUAUAUUUGAGUUUAUAUUUAUUUUUUUUGUCGAAUAUUUGAGUUUAUAUUUUACUGCUUAGGUUUUAGCUUUAAUAAUUAGGGAUCGGAAUAUUCUAUUUAGCUAAUAUAGGAGGGGUUAAUAUGUAGGGAUUAAAUGUCAGGUUUGUGUCCUAUACUAUUUCCUCAAAAUGGAAUAUAGCACCAGCAAACUUUCAAACCAUGGGAAUGUGCAUUUCUGGUUGUUUGAGAAAUAAUCAAUCUGAUCUCACAUAGCAUAAAAACAUGAUAUUCCUGAUAUAAGAUGAAAACAUCCUUUUAAUUUUCAUUAUCCACCGACUUCAUUUCAGUUUGCACAUUAUUCAAUCAUUUAUAUCUUUAUUUAAGGGAACCACAUUACUAGCCCAAUUUAAAACCGUAACUGUAAAAAACACAAGUUACGUGGAUAUCUUUUAUAUCUCUCAUUCUCAACAGUUUUCUAUUAAAAGUGUUCACACCUUAAAGUGUUGAUGUUCUCUCUUGUUCUUUACCGGUGACUUGCAAUCAAAGAAGAUAUACCGGAUAAAUUGAAGCAUUUAAUUAUGUCAACAUCAAUGUCAUCCACUUAAUUUUCAUUUGAAUUUGGUCAUUUGGCAAAUUCUCUCUUUUUAUUUCUUCGGGUGUAAUUUUUUACCUUUGACAGUUAUUCUACUAGAAAUAAAACUAAACGAUUUAAAAAUAAUAGCCUUUUAUAAAAAAAAACAUUAAUAAAAUGGAGCACUAAAUUUGGUUACACGCCCCGUAAUUUUUCGAAGUUGGAUCACAGCCACGAAAUAUGCAACUGGAGUAUCGAUUUGAUAAAUCAAGUUAUCAAACGGGCCAUCAAUCUUACAUCACCUAGGCGAAGGAAUAAAUAAGAACAUGUUCUUUAGUCCAUACAAACACACACACACACACACACACAUAUAUAUAUAUAUCAUACUUCUAACGUGUAACCUUUUAGUUCUUGUAGUGUUUAUUGUUAGAUAUUGGCCUAUAUUGUUGACCUAAUAAUAUCUACUAUUUGCAGAUCUACCUACAUUCAUUAGAAUAUUACAAUAAAAUAUGCUUUUCGAUUUUAUGCAAGUAAACAAUAAAUACACAUCCCCAGCUUCUAAGAAUGUAGGUGAAAUCUUCAAAACAAAUGUGAGUGAGUGUAUUCCGUGAGGUAAUAUUUAAUACGUUCAUAUUUAUAUGGGAAGAUGACUAUUUCGUACCUGAUAAAUCGAAAUAUAUUUAAUUUUUACAUCAAUUAUAUCAUCAUGCAAAUAUAUGUCUACACUUUUAAAAAACUCAGAUAUUAUACAUUUUGUUUAAUUUUUGACAAAAUCAUACACUACUAGUCGUCAUAUGAAAUAUCAUAUCAUCUAAUUUUGUUGAUCUAGAUGCUACACCAACUAUCUUUGAUGACAAGAAUUCUACAUAUAUAAUAACUUUACUUUUAUUAUAAACAAAAUAAUCAUUUAAUAAUUAGUUUAUAGAAAAUGUAGUUGUUUAAUUAUUUAAUAAAAUUAACCAAAAUUGUUUAAAAAUAAAAAAAAUUCUCAUGUAAGAGAAGUAUUCAUAUACUGUUUCAAUUAUAUUGAUUAUUCUCGUGUAAUCUUGAUUAUGUGUCAAUAAUUGUGUUCCUAAAAAAUUGAAAAUUUAUAAUAUUUUCUAUCAUUUUGUAAAACUUGUUAUUACAAAAUUAUUUGCAUGACUACACAACAAUCUAUAAAAACACAUAUCCAAAAUUAACCUAGAUUAAUAGAAGAAAUAAACGAUAGGACUGAAACAUUGUAAUAAAUAUUUCUCUUAUAUGAGAUAAGUUUAUUAUUUUAAUCAAUUAAUUGAUGUAGUAUCCAUAUCAGUAAAAUUAGAUGAUGUGAUAGAAGAUGUAGUAAUUGGUUUAUGAUUUCACAAAAAAAAAAAAAUAUAUGACAUUUGAACUUUUCGAAGUGUAAAUAUGUAUUUGCGCAAAGAUAUAAUAAUACUUAGAUUGAAUAUAUCGAGAUAUGUUUGGUAUGAAGUGGUUCUUUUCUCUAUUUCUGUAAAUUAAUUAAGUAGAUGUAAAAAAAAUAUAUAUAUAUAUAUAUAUAUCAUUUACAUAUUUAAUUUAAAAUGUUCUUAUAUUUUUGAAGACUUAAGAAAACAACGAACUUUAAACGCUUUUAUUUUUUAAAAGGACUAUAAAAUGUUUUUAGUUCGUAUAAAGUAACUGACUAACGAGUAAAUAAUCUUAAGGUACAAGUAAUUAGUUUCUUAUGUACUAAAACAAAUACACUGUGUUCCUUUUCAAACAAGUUUUUUUGUUAAUUAAUAUUGGAAAUUCUUCCAGAUUCAAAAUCAGCUCUUAUAAAGUUUGAUUUAAGAUAUAGUUAUACUAAAUAAAAUCAAAUUAAGGUACAAAGAAACCAAUAUCUUUACAGUACUAUUAAGGGAAUUAAAUCACCAACGCUUUAGUAGUUAGUUUUCAAACAAGUUAACAAAAACUUUGAUGAACCUUUGUUUCUCACAGUAUACGACAAAAAUGCAACAGUGUUUUUUCUUAAACUUUUAGUGAAAGCUAAACACCAGGCGGCUAUCAAUUUUUUUUGUCUGGAAGCUUCUUCUUAAUUAACCCAUCUAUUUAUCGGUUUUUGAUGUAAGUAUUUAUUUCUAUAAACUAAAACUAAAUCCUUAGAAUUGUUUGAACUAGUAAUGCAUUUUAGAACAAAACGAGACCUCACCCUACACUUCAGCAAAAUUUGGCCAAUUAUCGUAAGUAUAGGGAGUAUAUUGUAUACUAUGUUUUAAUAAGGUUAAAGGACUUUGGACAAUUUGGGGUUUUCUUAUUUCUACAUCUUAAAUAGUUUUUAAAUUUUAGAAAAGCAAUGAUAAGUGGAGGGCAUUAUUGUCUUUCUGAUCGCGUACUGCUAUAAAUAAUAUUGCUCUCCAAAAGAUUUCUGUCACAGACUUAUUUGUCAUUUCUUCUUACUCUCCCAAAUGAUGGAAUUCAACUGUGUUCAAUUUCUCCAAAACAAGACUAUUCUUGUCACCGGCGCUACCGGUUUCCUUGCCAAAGUUUUUGUCGAGAAAAUUCUGAGAGUACAGCCAAAUGUGAAAAAGCUGUACCUUGUGGUGAGGGCAUCCGACAGUGAAGCUGCGAUGAAACGCUUACGAGCAGAGGUGUUUGAGAAAGAUCUUUUCAAGGUGUUGAGAGAGAAUAUUGGCGAAGAGAAUUUGAAUACAUUGUUCUCUGAAAAAGUUGUCCCGGUAGCAGGUGAUAUUUCGACCGAUUGUUUUGGCGUGAAAGACUCUAAUCUCAGAGAACGUAUGCAAAAAGAAAUUGAUAUUGUUGUAAAUGUCGCAGCCACAACAAACUUUGACGAAAGAUAUGACGUUGGGCUUGGAAUCAACACAUUUGGAGCUCUCAAUGUCCUUAACUUCGCCAAAAAAUGUGUUAAAGCACAAUUGCUUCUCCAUGUCUCAACGGCUUAUGUUUGUGGAGAAAAGUCUGGUCUCCUACGUGAAAAGCCAUUCGCAAUGGAAGAGAUUCGUAACGAAGCUGGUCAUCAAUUGGAUAUAAACUUUGAAAUGGAACUGAUGAAGAAAAGAUUAAAAGAGCUCCAUGACCAAGAUUGUUCAGAUGAAGACAUUACUCUCUCCAUGAAGGAACUCGGAAUGGAAAGGGCAAAGCUCCAUGGAUGGCCAAACACAUAUGUUUUCACCAAAUCAAUGGGAGAGAUGCUUAUUGGUAACCAUAGAGAAAGUCUUCCUCUUGUCAUCAUCCGUCCCACGAUGAUCACCAGCACUCUUUCUGAACCAUUUCCUGGUUGGAUCGAAGGGUUAAGAACUGUAGACAGCGUGAUUGUUGCAUACGGAAAGGGAGUGCUCAAGUGUUUUCUUGUCGAUGUGAACUCAGUCUGCGAUAUGAUACCAGUGGAUAUGGUGGCAAACGCGAUGAUCACGGCUACAGCUACACAUGCUGGAGGUUCAGGGGUUCACAUGGUGUACCAUGUUGGUUCAUCACACCAGAACCCAGUGACAUUUGGAGAAAUUCAUGAGAUUUCCGUUCGUUACUUUACUAAAAGCCCUUUGCGUAGUCGCAAUGGCUCGCUCAUUGCCGUCUCAAAAGUGAGGCUUAUAUCAACCAUGGCUUUGUUCAGCCUGUACAUGACCCUACGUUUCAAACUACCUUUACAGUUGUUGAAAUUAAUUGACAUAAUAUAUCCUUGGAGAAGCGGAGAUAAAUACGGAGACAAGAACCGCAAAAUCAAUAUGGUGAUGAGAUUGGUAGAGCUUUACGAGCCUUACGUACUCUUCAAGGGCAUAUUCGACGAUAGGAAUACUAAGAGCUUAUGCGCCAAUCAAAAAGAAGAUGAGACAAAAACUUCAAAGGGAUCGAUGUUUGAGGGUUUUUACCCAAAACAAACUUAGUUGGGGGUUUUAACGUUAAAAUUUCUUAUUAUUUCCUUAUUAUCUAUUAUUUAAAUCCUUAUAGUGGGAUUUGUUCUAUCAAAAAUCAGUUGCAAUCAACUGACGAGAUAUCUUUUUUUCUAAUAGCAUGCAUUUAAUAUUUAAAUAUAUAUAUAUAUAUAUAUAACAAGAUUUGAGUUACCAAAAUUAUGUAUAUAUUAUAACCAGAAUAUCUUUAAAAAUUUAUUAGAAAAUAUUCUAUCUCAUAGCUGAAUUAAAAUUUAUCAUAGGAUAUUCUAUCUCGUAGCUUCUCUUGAAAACUAGGUCAUUUAGAAAUUUAAACUAAUUUGCUAUAUAAAUAUCACACCACCCCCAUUAGUUUCACGCAUCUAUUCUUUUAAGUUUUCACUAGAUUUCCACCCGCACAACCGUGCAGAUAUAUAUUUCACAUUUACAUAUAUAGAUAUUUGUUUUACAUAAUUAUUAUAUAUUUUUAAUGUUACUCACAUAUUUAAAUGUUUGUAUAAUUAUGCCAAAUAUAAUAAUUUUAUAAUUU